AAUUUUUUCUCCUGUUGUUGGUUGGACUUUGUCUGUUUGUGGACAUCGGGGUCAUUUAAGCGUGUGUGACUUUUGUUUGAAAUUUUUUUUACUUUUUAGCUGCUUAAUUAUUAAAUUUAUUCAAAAAAUGUUUUUAAUUUCUUCGAUUUCUUCAAAAAUUUUAUUUAUUUUUUUGUGAGCUAAAAACAUGAAAACAACAGGGGUGGACGAAGAAGAAGAAGAAGAUGAAUCUGGUGUGGUAUAAAAGUUGUGCAAAAGGACUAUGGCAGUGUUAGUUUAAAUUUUUUCAAAAUUACUUUAAAAAAUUAUUUUUUUUUCUCAAAUUUUUUUUAAAUAUUUUUAACCUUUCCGAAUUUUUUUUAAAACAAAAACUCGUCAUAUUUUUACUAGAGGCAUAUUAAUAUAUUUAAAUAUUUUUUUUCUUUAUUUGGUCACCUUUUUGUCUUUUUUUUUCUAAAUUCUUUUUCCUUCCUCAAUUUCCUCUAUUUCCUUUUUUUCAGUCGAGGCUUUUUUUGUCCAUUUUUACUUUUAUUUUUUACAUGCGUGUGGUCUCCUACUUGCUUAAUAGUACUUUUUUAAUGUUUGUAACAGCUAGUAACCCCCAAGUAUAAUAUUUAUAAAUGUUUUGAGUUUGUGUGUGUUUGUGUUUGUUGGGGGGGGGGGGGUUUUUUAAAUUCUGGUUCGAUGUUUCCGAACAAUUCUGAUGUUUGCCGAACAAAUUCUGAUUUGUUUCUCUAUUUUGUUUUUAAAAAAUUCUGAUUUUUUGAUUUGUUUCUCUAUUUUGUUUUUAAAAAAUUCUGAUUUUUUUCCAAACAAUUAUGAUGUUUUUCAAACAAAUGUUUUGGUGUUUUCCCAUUUGUUUUUCCAAACAAGUCUGAUUUGUUUUCCAAUUUGUUUCUAUAAAAUUCUGAUUUUUUCCUAA